GUGGCAACACAUCGUUUAAUGCUUGGCAGAACUUAAAGGGCUUGCGUGACACUUGACAAACUCUAACUUCUACUCUGCAAGAGACUCAAAGGUAGCGCUGGUCAUGAUGAGCAUAGAAAGGGACGAGCAGGUCGUCAUUGAUACCAAUUACACUACAAUCCACACACUGGGCAGGCAAAACGAGGGCAGUCGGCUACGCUACAUGCAGAAAGAUGGCAGUUUUCCUGUGGUUUUCCAGAAGGUUCCUGGAGACUGGAGCCCAUACCUGAUGGACAUCUUCACCACUCUUGUGGAGAUUCGCUGGAGGGUGAUGCUCCUCAUCUUUUCCCUCUCUAACAUUCUCUCCUGGCUCUUUUUCGGCCUCUGGUACUGGUUAAUUGCCUAUGUACACAAAGACGCUGAUAAUGACGAAGACAAACUCUGUGUGCACAACAUGCGUGGCUUCACUGGAGCCUUUCUGUUCUCGAUGGAGACCCAGACAUCUAUUGGCUACGGCUUUAGGGCGACGGCUGAGAACUGCAUCGUGGCCAUUGUUGUGGUGACAGUUCAAGAUUUAUUCAGCUGCAUCCUUGACACAAUUGUCAUUGGUAUUGUUGUAGCUAAGAUGGCAUCUGCUCGUAAGAGAGCUCAGACGGUGGGUUUUAGCAGGUGUGCAGUGGUCAACCUGCGAGACGGGGUUCUGUGUCUUUCAUGGCGACUUGGGGACUUCAGAGGUAAUCACAUCCUGGAGGGUGUCACCAGGGCGCUGUUAGUCCGCUCUAUAAGACAGCCAUUGGGGUCUGUUGUGAUGUCAUACCAGGACCUGGACAUCCAGAAAAGAGACAUUGUCCUCGCAACACCAGCCACCAUUGUUCACAAGCUGGAGCCUGGCAGUCCCCUCUAUAGCCUGGGCCCUGACGACCUGCUGGGGGACGACUUUGAACUGGUGGUGUCUUUCACCUACACCGGUGACUCUACAGGUAUGCUCCACCAGACGAGAACCUCCUAUACACCAGCAGACAUCCGCUGGGGUCAGCGCUUCCAGGACAUGCUGAAACUGGGCAAGAAGCACUACAAGGUGGACUACGCUCUGUUCAAUGAGACCACGUGGGUACCAGUGCCCCUGCUCAGUGCAGAGGAGUUUGACAGGGGGAGACGUCCUGUAGAGGGCAGUCAGUCCCACAGUCCACUCUUCCCUUCAGUCAAGAGAAACGGAAACACAAAGGUGAAUCCUGACAUCACUGGAGAGGUGAUACAGCAAACUUGUUUGUAACGUAAACCACUAGAAAUCCAUACAUUGUAAUAUUGGGUGGAUUUAUCCCAUAAGUUUUAGAGAUAUUGUGAUAAAAUGUCCUCUUGUAAAUAUAUUUAUAUGUGACAUUAUAUGAGUAUAACUGUUUUAUGCUUUAGAUGAAUAAAAUCCAUUAUCACAAAUGUAAGUCAAGUACAUGUUGUUGUUGUAUAUGUCCUUCUUAAACUCUGAAACAUGAAUUGUAGUAAUACAGUUGUUUUCUGUCACUGUGGUACUAUUCACAAAAGUAGCUAUGUGGUUAUAUUUCACCACUACAAAAGUACAAAAACACAACUGUUCAUCAAAUGGUCCUUUUUUCACAACUAUAAGUACAUUUGACAAUGACAAUAAAAACAUGUAGAAAGACAUGUUGACAUGUUGCACAUUGAAAUACAUUAUGUUCAUACAAAGUACAUGCAUAGCUUUGGAUAAGAUUAUAUUCUCUAUUGUUAAAAUACCUUUUACUAUCACUAUGCUCAUUGUUCCUAAUUGAUCAUCGCUGACACAUUUGCUUAGUAUACAUGUAUGUAUUUUUGUUUCUGAUAUGUUAAGAUUCAAAACUUCAGAAUCACCACCUUAAGGCGUGAGAUGUUCACUGUAUGUGACCUCAGUGGGAUUCAAACCCACACCUUUGAUUUGGUAGCAUAGUGCUCUAACAAACAAAGUAACAAAGGACCACUGCAAUGAUUACAGUAUGUACAGUACAAUACUGUAAAAUACACUACAUGAUUACCAUCCAUAUUUGUUAUAGUAAUUGUUAAAUUUGAUUUGAAAAAACCUACAUGUUGCAUUAUUGUAAAAUACAGUAAAAGUUUGUUUCUUGCAUCAAUGAUUGGAGAAGUUGUCUUCAUUGAUCACAACUUGUCAACAUACUGUAGAUUAUGUAAAUGAUAGAUUCUAUAAAUGUCGGGUAAUGUAAGUGUAUUGCCUAAUGU